AUGAACGUCGACGCGUCCUCACCAGUUCUCGCCUACCCCACCAUCGGUGGGUACCGUAUCGGCGAGCAGAUCGGUGGUGGAGGCUUCUCAAAAGUGUUCCGCGCGAUCGACGAUGCCAAGGGCCGCGUCGCAGCUUGCAAGGUCGUCAACCUUUACGCACCAGAUGGGUACGCUCCGUCAUUAAAGGACCUCCAGAAGGAGGUGCAGGUGCACAAGUCGCUCAAGAGCGCCAACAUCUUGGAGUUCCUGCACUACGAGCUUCUCGAGCGCGGCAAGACGCAGCACGUUCCAGGACUGUACAUGCUCCUCGAGCUGGCUGUCGGUGGCGACCUGUUUGACAAGAUAGCGCCAGAUGUCGGUGUCCCGGAAGACCUCGCCAAGUUCUACUUUGCGCAGUUGCAGGCGGCCGUCUCGUUCAUCCACGAGAAGGGCGUCGCGCAUCGAGACCUCAAGCCUGAGAACCUGCUCCUUGCGGCCAACGGAAACCUCAAGCUGACAGACUUUGGUCUGUGCGCCGUGUACAAGUACAAGGGAAAGAAGCGGUUGUUGAGCGGACGGUGCGGGAGCAUGCCGUACGUUGCGCCAGAGCUUGGUGGACAAGGCGGCUACGAGGCCGAGCCUGUUGAUGUUUGGGGAAUGGGUAUCGUCCUCGUCACCAUGCUCGUGGGCAAUACUCCAUGGGACGAGCCAUCAGAAGCGACGAGUCCCGAGUACCAGGCAUACCUCGCCGGCCAGUUAUGGAACUAUGAGCCGUGGAACAGGAUACGUGGCGCGGCGCGCGACCUUGUUGUCCAGCUCCUCACUGUUGAACCCAUACGCCGCAUCCGGGUCCAAGACAUUCCGUCCCAUCCGUGGUGCAUGACGCCUUCGCAGCUUACGCGUGAGCAGCUGCCUGAAGCGCUCACGCAGGGAUUGCGCAGCACUGGUAUGAUGGCCGUCGCAGACCCUACAUUCAACGACGCGUCAUACGCCGUGAGCCGCUCGCAGCGUGUCUUCGGCGACUCUCAAUGGGGCUCGCAGUGGAACCAGCAGGAGAGCCAGUUUAUGCGCGCGACGGGCAACCUCACCCAAGGCGGCGACUAUGAUGCCGUGACAACACGUUUCUGGCUCACCCUCCCUCCAGCGGAGGCAUACGACAUGGUGCGCGAGUACUUGGCCUCCCAGUUGCCUGAAGACGGCAUCCAGGCGCGUAGCACGUACUUCCGCGUGGCCAAGGCCGCUGGUGGGCGGAGUGUGCGCGGCACGUUCCUGUUCCAGGAGAGUGACACUCAUGCGCCGACCGGGCAGACGCUCGUCUCGAUGCGUCGUGAGAAGGGCUCAAUAUUGCAUUGGCGCGCAUUCUGGUGGACGAUCGUGCGCGCACCUCAGCUGGACGGCUACGUCGUCAGAGGUGACUCAUGA